AAUAAAUUUACCUUGUGCGCUUCCAUUAAAACAGUGACCAUAGAGCACAAUGAGUGUAAUUUGUGUAAUUUUAUUGUUAUCACUUUUCACCCUCUCCCAUGAGGCGAAACCUCCAAUGAAGCUGGUUCCUAAUUUUAGCCGAGGAUUUAUCAACAACAAUCUGUUAGAACUUCUCGAAGAGCUACGGAUUCGGAUGCAUAUGGAUAUGAGCGAAGAAUUAGGCAUACCUCGACUGGAUCCAUUUUUGAUUGAGGAAUUGGACUUGGAGCCAAUUUUAAACGAUGUCGAAUUACAAAUGACUAAUGUUCGUGGUGUUGGACUGAACCGGUUCGUUGUGAAUGAGCUGGACUUCAACAUAUUUGCAUUGUCAUUUUUGUUCAAUUUAACGACACCGACACUAACAUUGAGUGGAGAUUAUGUUGCAAACGGAGUCGUAUCUGGCGUCAUACCAUUUAUCGGCGAGGGGCCAUUCAACAUAAUUAUACACAAUCCAACCAUUAGAAUAGUUGGACGGUUAGGGUUGACGGAAACGGGUUCGUGGACGAUGCAUGACUUGGGAGUUAACUUUGCAAUCAGUCAAUUUGAAGGUGGAUUCGAAGGACUAACUAGUGAAUUGAUAAACGAUCUUUUGAGACUGUCAGCACCUGCAUUAUUGGAAUCAGCAUGGCCCACUUUGGAGCCAAUUGUUAUUGAAAUGAUUUAUGGGCUCCUCGGAGGCGCCGUAAAUUCAAUGACAAUAGCUGAAUUGAUUAGUCUAUUGUCGGGAAAUGGGCUGAACUGGCCAGAUGUUGAGGAGCAACUUUUACAUCUAAAUGUUUAAAAAAAUGUGACCGAAGAAAGACUUAAAUAAAAACCAUUGAUGCAUAGGAACCAAACGUUUAUUGA